CUCAGAGUAGAUAAGAUUGUUGAUCACACAACACAAUCGAAUCUAAGGUCUGUCUUCUGGUCGUAGGAUCUUCAUAGUUCACAUGCACUUGGAUAAACUUGUUCGAUCAUCAAUGGUGAUGGGUCCCUAUUCUCAGCCACGUGUCCACCUCCAUCUUCGAAAAGCUUCACGAAUCCCUUGCCCACGUCACUCCCAAAAAGUCCCAUGACUCUGAUUGUGGACCAAUCUUUUGAUGAUGAUGAUAAUAAAGGAAAGAACCAGGCUUCAGUUCAGAUUCACAAACUUCCCUUCUGUUCUUUCUCUAAGUCAGAGUCUCAGCUGCAUUUUCCCGUUAAUGGCAGAACACUUUUCAAUGGAAUCCAGCAGCUUCUCCCCCAUUAAGGCGAAUCGGCUAAGAAGAAAACUGGUGGCGUUUCGAUUUAGACUCAGUUUGAACUGACAGAGAUCUUGAAUAUGAGCCAAUGGAGAGAACUUGUGAAUUCUGUGCUGCAUUGAGGCCAAUUAUUUACUGUACCCCUGAUGCAGCUCACCUUUGCCUUCCCUGUGAUGCCAAAGUUCAUUCAGCCAAUGCACUUUCAAGUCGACAUCUUCGAACGCUCUUGUGCGAAUUUUGCCGAAGUUUCCCUACUUAUCUUCAAUGUUUAGAUCAUCAGAUGUUUCUGUGCCGUGGCUGUGAUCGAACCCUUCAUGUUUCCUCUUCCCAACACCAGAAAAGGAUUAUCAGAGGAUACAUGGGAUGUCCUUCAGCCAAGGAUUUUGCAGCACUUUGGGGGUUUCAUGUACACGAAGUUGACAAAGCUAAGUUUGUGUCCACUUCUGGCUCUGAAUCUUCCAGUGUUGUUAAGACUUUUGACGCACCGGGACGAAGUCGUUCACAUAUAGCUGCAGCUGAAAACAAGGUGCGCUACAAAGGUCAAGAAAAGGGCACUUCAUUCAUUUUACAACAAAUUCUCGAGUUGAGCCGUCUCCAGCUUGUAAAGAAGAAUAUCCAUUCACCUUUGAUUCUUGGUGAGGGAAAAGAUGGUGCGACUUCUUUAAAGACUUGUGCCUCGGAAAAGUUUGAACAGUCUCUUAAUGAACACGUGCACCAUUCCGAAGAUCGCAGUACUGGUAUUCAACAAAGGGACAACUUACUUCAGGAGCUGAAGAUGACUUCGUUUACUCAGCUCGAGAGUUUUCCAAUGUCAUCCCCUAUUUUGCUUCCUUUCCAUGGAGAAUCCCUUUGGCAUUGUAAAAGUCCAGCUGAAAGUAGUCAGCUAUGGUCUCAAAAUAUGCAAGACCUCGGAGUUUGUGACGAGCUUGUUUGUCGCGAUGAUUUCAACAUGCCUGAAGUUGAUUUAACGUUCCAGAACUUUGACGAGAUAUUCAACAGCGAUCAAGAUCCUACUGGUGGGUUGUUCGAUAAUAAAGACGAGUCAUACUCGUACUCCUCUAUGGACAAGGAUAUGUCACUUAGUAAAUCAGAUAAUCGCGAUGGAAAAGGGGUGGAGGCAAGCUCAGCGACCUCAUCAUCUUGCAUCUUCUCAUAUGCUCUCAUGGACAAAGAUAGUGAACCCUCUGAUGAAGUUUGUAACCAUCCCAUGAGUACAAAAAUUGAAUCUGCUCGUCCAAUCCAACCCUCCCUUUCAACUUUGUCAUUUGCUGAUUCAAGGAUGAGUCUUGACAGUGCAGCAACAGAUUUCCCUGAUCGGGCAAGAGGCGAACCUUCAUGUAGCUCGCCUUACCAUCGUGACCGUAAACACUCCGUGUCCCUCAACAAUGUCGACGCUGCAACAAAAAUUUACAAAGAAAAACAGCAGUUUCAACUACAAGAGAAACAAAUCCGACGAAAGGCCAGAUCUCUUGUGAAGAAACGAGUGAAAGGAAGAUACGAAAAGGGCGAACGAUAUGACUCUAGUACCGUUGCGUUCAGUCGAAGCUAUUGAAUUUUGAUUUUGUGCAUCUUUUUGUACAUCCUUUUCACAUAAUAAGGUAUCACUUCACUUUAAUUCUUUUCAAUCAGUUCUUUCAAUGCACAGGCUUUGAAGUUAGCAGCAUUUAUGGCUACACUUUAGUAAAGCUUAUGAGAAGAAAGCUUAGUCUAAACUUUGAUAUCAUUGAAUCCAAUUGACAAUCAUGAUGGGGAUUGCCUUCUUUUUGUUGAGCUA